AGUCAUAAAAGAAAACGAAAAGUCCCUAGAAGACGUCACAUUCCCUUUUAUCAAAAAACGCCAAACCGUUGCUGGUUUCGGCGCCAAGAAAACAGAAAUAACCGACGAAUCCACCGAAAAAACAGUGCCAGAAAAUUAUCAAAUAAUAUGGACACAAUGGAAAUAACCCCAACCAAUAACCAUAUCUCGAAAGAUGAGAAAAUGGAGGAUGUGCCUGCAGAUGAAAUGACUUCUAGAGAUUACUAUUUUGAUUCUUACGCUCAUUUUGGCAUUCACGAAGAAAUGUUGAAAGACGAAGUGCGCACGCUCACCUAUAGAAAUUCAAUGUACCAUAAUAAGCAUUUAUUUAACGGAAAAGUUGUAAUGGAUAUAGGUUGUGGCACAGGAAUUCUAAGCAUGUUUGCUGCAAAAGCUGGAGCAAAGAAAGUUAUAGCAGUAGAGUGCUCCAACAUUGUCGAAUAUGCAAGGAAAAUUGUGGAAACUAAUAAGUUGGAUCAUAUUAUUACCAUUGUUAAAGGCAAAGUGGAAGAAAUCACCCUUCCGGAUGGCAUAGAGAAAGUGGACAUCAUUAUUUCAGAAUGGAUGGGUUAUUGCCUGUUUUAUGAAAGCAUGUUAGACACAGUUCUUUUUGCUAGAGAUAAAUGGCUAAAACCUGACGGCCUUCUUUUCCCCGACCGUUGCUCUUUGUUCAUAACGGCGAUCGAGGACCGUCAAUAUAAAGAUGAGAAAAUUAAUUGGUGGGACGACGUUUAUGGCUUCGACAUGAGCUCAAUUAGAAAAGUAGCAAUAAGUGAACCGCUAGUCGACGUAGUGGACCCGAAACAAGUAGUCACCAGUCCUGCCCUGGUUAAGGAGGUUGACCUCUAUACCGUGAAAAAAGAAGACUUAGAAUUCUCAUCGAAUUUUUCGUUAGGUGUGCGUAGAAACGACUACGUCCAAGCCUUAGUAACUUACUUUACGGUGGAGUUCACAAAAUGCCACAAACGAAUCGGUUUCACGACCGCGCCAGAUGCUCCUUACACCCAUUGGAAACAAACUGUGUUCUAUUUCGAGGACUAUAUGACAGUACAAAAGGGUGAAGAAAUCCACGGCACCUUCACAAUGAAACCAAAUAACAGAAACAAUCGGGAUCUCGAUUUUGUUAUCAAAUUGGACUUCAAAGGGGAGCUGUGCGAAGUGCACGAGGAGAACAGGUAUCGGAUGCGCUAAGACACUUAUAUUUAGUUCAUGUGUUUUAUCAUUGUGGCUUCUUGAAAUUCAUUUACUAUUUACCCCCUGAAGCAGUAUAAAAAUCAAUUAUUCUAGGUUCUUUUUUGUUUAAUUAGUUGGUGCGUUUUGUUGUAUUUGGUUUGUCAUAGUGAACAUUACGAAGUAAUUUUUUUUUUUAUUUGAAGCAAAUUGUAUCUGGAAACUAAUGCAGAAGUAUUAGUUUAAUCUUAUAAACUAAUACUUCUAAAGUAAGAGUAAAUAUCAACCAAAAAAAUGUGGACUAAAAUAUGGUUUGUCAAAAUUAUUAUUAUUAUUAUUAUUAAUUUAUUUGUCUCUAAGAUAAAAGAAGCUGUAAGUUAUUAUAUUUUAAUAACUUAAUUAGUUUUACUACUAAAUUACUUAUUAUCGAAGUAACUUAAUUUCUUUUAUCGCAUUUUCUCGUGCUUAAGGAAAUCUCAAACUUAAGACUUAAUUCAAUUAUAGACCGAAUAUGAUCUCGAUAUUUUUCAAUUUUACUCAACUACUAUCUAUCAACAAAGCGCACUACCUGUCCGAAAGUGUGAUCUUAGGAACCAGGAAAACCUGUGUAUAAUCCUUUUUUAUAUAUUAAAGAUCUGUAGGCGUAAGUAAUUACCUUUCUUUUUAUAAAAAUAAGUACCACUAAUAUUAGCUUAUAUAUGUAAAGUUUCUGGAACAAAAUUAUUUUAGUUGA